AUGGCUACCAAUGCAGAUCUGAAAUUUAGUUUGCACCAGGAUCUGAGAGGACCUAAGCUUCACGCAAGGUUUUCCGUCAGCUUCCCCGACUCGGUUCGUCCAACAGGAUCAACAGCUAUGAGGACUACGGUAACAGCUCAACUCAGCCACUCGAAUGCCCUCAGGAUGUCAACGCACACCCAGGUGGUGAACCACGAGGGGCGCAGCGAGUCCUGGCGUAACCCCAUGGGCGGCCCCCGCGACGCCCCGGCGCGACACACGCCUCCCAAGCAGCAACUGCCUUCCCCUUCGACGCCGCAGUCGCCCCCGGCCGCCUCCUCGCCCCAGCUGCCGUCCUCCUCCGUCGCCUCCGGCUGCGUCAUGGUGGAGAUCGAGGUGGACGUGAACAAGCCUCGCGCCGCCGACGGGCAGAGGAGCCCCACCAAGGCCAACAACGGCUCACUCGCUGAGGACAAGAGCGCCGAUCUUUUCCACGCCUUCAAGGGGCACUGCAAGAGCAACCAGAAGGAGAUGGUGAAGCUCACGGGCUUCGCGCAGAGGAAGGGGACGCCGCCCCACGCCCUCACCAAGUACGACUCGGGCAGGAGCUCCGACGACCAGGUGUGCCUCGACAGGAAGCUCUCGUCGGACUCGGGGGUAUACGUGGACUCGCGCCACAAGAGGAACGCCCUGAACGACGGCGCCCCCGGCCAAGCGGUGGCGGACAAGGGUGAGGCCAGGGAGCUCCAUCGAGACCCCAGCAUUGAGCUCGCGUGCAUCGGGGGCCUCAGCGGCGAGACGUGAGACCGUCGUCGUCACAGCUCUUCGGUCUGAACUAAUUCGCACAAAUGUUUCCUUACAACUACUAUACAGCUCAGUUUCAA